AUGUUUAUGUGGAAGGCUCUUACUGAUAGUCUACCUACCAGAAAAAAUCUUUUGAAGAGAAGGAUUAUUGUGAAUUCAAGCUGUCCUAUAUGCGAGUCUGAAGAGGAGUCUAUUGGUCAUGCUAUUCGGAAUUGUGUGAGUGCUUCUGAUGUGUGGAACGAGAUAGAGAGCCCUGUACAGAAAUGGGGAUGCAGUGAAAAGGACCUCUUUGUAGUCUGGGCAAAAAUGGUGGAGAUCCUGUCACAGGAGCAGUUGGAGUUAGUGGCAACUGUUAUGAGAAAGAUUUGGUUGAGAAUGAAUCAAUUUGUUUUUGAGAAUGCUUUUACUGAUCCUAAAUUCCUCUUUAAGCAGGCUGUUGAUAGUCUAGCAGAGUUUCAACUGGCACAAGCAGCAGAAGGUAAAGGGCAAUGCAGUAGAAGUAGUGCAGUGGGAAGGAACCUGUGUAGAUGGCAGAAACCUGCACCUAAUACAGUGAAAGCUAAUUGGGAUGCGGCAUUAAAAGAUAAGGAAGGGAAGAUGGGAAUGUGA